CAAAUAUAAUGGGUAGAGGAUACAAUAUGGGCUCGGGCCUAUUGGGGUCCUGAGCCCAAAAGAUGAUAUCUGGGUCUCAUAAUCGUAAUCAAGCCGACAGCAAUAAUUCGUUUCCUCUUCUAGAAGACUAGACUACUUGACUUGAGUUGUCAACGCACGAGGGAGGAGAAGAGAGGUAGUGCGCUACAUUAUUUCCUCAUCAUAAAAUAUCUAGUAAAAAAACGUCAUCGUACGGGUCUGAUUCUGUAGUGUGGCUCACAAAAUAUCCGACAAACGAAACUCCUCUACAGACUACAGGAAAGUCACUGGCUUGUUCCUGGCCUCCUGCCACUCUCUUUUGAACUAGAAAUCCCCAAGUCAUGGCAUUUUCGUGAAGAAAUAAAGGCAGCCUGAAUCCGAUUGUAACCCUCUUCUCCUCUCCUCUCUUGGAAGGAAUCAGAGGAGAGAUUCGGACUUUCUUUCUCCUUCCACCAGUGUUAUAGUCUGAAGUCAGGUUGUGGUGUCAAUCAUCAUGUUUCGUCGUUGGAAUAAUACUAAUCAUGCUCAGGAGAAUGAUGAGGUGCAUUCUGAGUCGAAGGUCAAUGAGCUUAAAGCUGCAAUAGAACCACUUUCUGGACGCAUCUUACAGUAUUGUGACGAUGCAUGCUUGAGGAGAUAUUUGGAAGCUCGAAACUGGAAUGUUGACAAAUCAAAGAAAAUGAUUGAAGAGACAAUUAAAUGGAGAUUGGCCUACAAACCUGAGGAAAUCCGCUGGAAUGAAGUUGCAGUUGAAAGUGAGACAGGUAAAAUAUAUAAAGCAAAUUUUCGUGACCGACAUGGAAGAACUGUUCUUAUAUUGAGACCAGGAAUGCAGAACACAAAGUCAAUUGAUAAUCAAAUGCGACAUUUGGUAUAUCUCUUAGAGAAUGCUGUCCUCAGCCUUCCUGAGGGUCAAGAACAGAUGGCAUGGUUGAUCGACUUCACUGGAUGGUCUGUAACCAACAACGUUCCUAUCAAAUCAGCACGAGAGACCAUCAAUAUUUUACAAAACCAUUACCCUGAGAGGCUAGCCAUAGCAUUUCUGUAUAAUCCCCCUCGGAUAUUUGAGGCGUUUUGGAAGAUUGUCAAGUAUUUCAUUGAUGCGAAAACAUUCCAAAAGGUGAAGUUUGUGUAUCCCAAGGAUACCGACAGUGUAGAACUCAUGAGAUCAUAUUUUGACGACGAAAAUCUCGCAACUGAAUUUGGGGGAAAAGCCGCACUGAAGUAUGAGCAUGAAGACUUUUCUAGACAAAUGGCCCAAGAUGAUCUGAAAACUGCUGCCUUCUGGGGACUAGAUGACAAGCUACAAGGCAUUAGUAACGGCCAUAAUGGAGCCGAAGUGGCUCCAGAACCCCAUUUGAACUAAUAAUAAUAUUGCUUCAUUGAUUCUCAGUGCGCCAUAGUGGCAGCCGGAUAUAGUCACGGAUGCCAUGACUUUAAUUUUAGUACCGGAGUUUAGAGCCAGCAUGCAAGUAUUUUCCACUCAUGUUGAUCUCUGUAGUCUAGACUGCAUCUUGCCCUUGUCUUAUGUCCAUCCAUCUCUGAAUGAAUAUGUAAUGACUUCCUUCCAAUUUGGCCUUUCUAUUGUCACUCUUCAUGAUUGGAAUGUGGACUA